AUCUCGGUGCCCGAGGAAGAGGAAGAGGAGCGGAACCUUCCGCUUCCCCCGCGCUCGUUGCCUGGCAACGCUGCCGCGCGUCCCGUCCGGCCCUCAUGGCACAGCCGCAGCCCGCCGAGAGCCCCGCGCCCCGCACCGGCACGUGGGUGAGCGCUACGCUGCCCCGCCGCUUCCUGCAGCUCCCCUACUUCCGCGGCUACGGGCAGCCGGAGCCGCACCCGCUGUACCGGACGAGCAACCAGGAGUACGGCCGCAGAGCGCCCACGGCGUACGAAGUGCCGAUCUCCUACCACGUCACCUCGCACGCCUUCUCAGACGCUCUGGCCCAGCGUGGCAUGUACAGGAACGACGGGCUCAACACCUCGCUGGAGAAGAGCCGUGUCACCGGCCCCGCCAACUUCAUCACCCCCUACGACACCCUCAACUUUCACCCCAGCUACAAAGUCGGUGGGCCCUCGCACUGUUAGAGCAAUGAAACCACUUCAGUUCAUCGCUGGCUGCUUAGUUCGAAAAAUAACUCCCUCCUCCCCUAAAAAGUCAGGCAAACGACAGCACCGACCCUACCCCAAACCCGCUGCUCAGCCCCACUGUGAAGCACCACACACUUCAGGUCCAGUUACAGCCCUGCCUGCUGCCCCCAGGCUGCAGGUGACCUUUCCUGAAAGCAGUGGGUUGUGACAGGCUGUGAGCAGGGAAUUCAGUGUGUAGGCAAGCUGUAGCCUUGAGGGUGUCCUGAACUUACAGAACUGUUUCCGUGCUGUUGUCUUAAUAAAGAAACGCAUGCAGGAAUCCGCAGCACUGAAGUGAUGCUGGAAAUUAUUUCUGAGAGGAAGGAAAUGGCACAGAUUGUCAAAAAGAGCUCACAUGGCACAACGAAUAGCAGCAGGAUAACACAAGAUCAUGCAGUUAAACAGUUAAGUUGGAAUUUAAAGAAAACUCCUCCUGAACACACUAAAGAAUCUUUCAGCCUGCUAUACAGUGUGACAAAAUAGCUACGUUAACAGAUUAAAGGUAGCAACACAUUUCUAGAAACACCCCCCCAGCUUCAAGCUCUAGGACCAGUCGAGGCCUCAUUUGGCUUUGGAGGAAGAACAGAUUGCUCUGUUUAGUUAAAGUCACUGAACAUCCAAAGUCCAAAACUGAACAGCGUGCCAUCAGGGCUGCAUUUUGUGGUGUAUGCUCCUGGGCCAGACACAACUUCGAGCAAGCCUAACAAACACUUCAAGCCCUGCACUGCAAUUCAUUUAGUUAUCCCAAAGGCAAAAACAGCCAGCUGAGUUCAUCCUUCCAAAAACACACCAACACAUUUGAGCAAGUAAAUACUGGGCACAGAAAUGAGCCUGGGAAGUUAACCUUUUAAAUAUUCAACGCAUUAAAAUAGAUAAGCAACCUCCUCUCACUCGCUGCUGUUGCUCCGUUAGACUCUAGAUAAUGCUUGAGUUUCUCUUCUCUUUCUUCUCCUGAAAUGAGAAGUAACAUUAAGGGCAGAAUUAAUGCAAACACUUGUGGCAGUUUUACAAGUACUUCUAUCCACAGAUUUUUCUGCAGGUUGAAUAAUUCAGGGAUGGAGCUCUUAGAAAUAUAAACUUCGUGGGUUUUGUCACCUGUUCUCCAUCUCUCUCCAUACUUGAUCUAAAACCACCCAGGUCCUUUCCUCUGUGCCUUAAUUAUUCCCCUUUUUGUUUAAUUCCUGAGCUGAAACCAGUUUGUUUGAACGGUUCUGCACACUGUGUGACUUGCAUCACCCUCACAUAACUUGCAUCCUCUAAUAUGUUGGGGUCAUGUUGCCUCAUGCCCUCCACUCAGGUUGGCUGAGAAGGGAGCGACGUGUGAGCUGUGGCUGCAGCCAGCCCCAAGCAUAGACAUUAAUAAAGGAAAUGGUGCCAGAGAUGGAGUGUUUCUUCCUUUGAUACAAAGCAGUCACAAGUUGAAACAGACUCCUAAAAUAGCAGCAAAGAACUGCCUAUAAAAAAUGAAGGCAGUCCUCCUGGGCCCCCGAGGAUUCCUGAAGAUCGCCUUUCCUGAAGCACAAAAACACAGAGUUGCUGUCAUAAAAAUGAAGCAAUGUACCCAAUCAUGGUUGGUUUUGUUUUUGUUU